UUUCAACUGCUGCUCAUCAGUGAAAAUGGUGAGGUUGCUACGUCAGCAACCUCAAUCGUAAACAAAUCGGAAGAAACAAAGAAAUGAACGAAUAAUCACAUCAGUAUUGAUUGAAUAGUUGAAUGAAAUGGAUCUCAAUAUUAAUGAAAACGUCUGCAGAUUAUGUGCAAACCAUGGAAAAAUGUAUCAGUCUAUUUUCGAUUCGAAAAACAGUGCAAUAGCUGUCAAAAUAAACAAUUGUUUACCAAUAGAGAUUAGAGAAGACGAUAGACUUCCCUCCCACAUUUGCCCAGGGUGUCUCGAAGCUCUGGACAUAAGCGAUAAACUGAGAGCCCAAUCUCUGGCAGCUGACGAGAUAUUGAGGCAGCAAUUGAGAGUUGUCUUGAUCGACAAAAUUAAACAGGAGAAAGAUGCGGAUGCGGAUGAUGAAUCGCAGCCGAUGGAUACGACUGAACGAUUGUUCUGUGGUAUAUGUGAGAUCAAUUUUGAUGGCACGACUGAGUUCGAUGAUCACAUGAAGAUUAGAGAAGACGAUAGACUUCCCUCCCACAUUUGCCCAGGGUGUCUCGAAGCUCUGGACAUAAGCGAUAAACUGAGAGCCCAAUCUCUGGCAGCUGACGAGAUAUUGAGGCAGCAAUUGAGAGUUGUCUUGAUCGACAAAAUUAAACAGGAGAAAGAUGCGGAUGCGGAUGAUGAAUCGCAGCCGAUGGAUACGACUGAACGAUUGUUCUGUGGUAUAUGUGAGAUCAAUUUUGAUGGCACGACUGAGUUCGAUGAUCACAUGAAGGCAUCGCACUCUUCACAAUGGAUUUGUGAUCUUUGUCAUGAAGAUUGCAAGACAUCGGAGGAUCUGCUCCGACAUAAAUACAAAGACCAUUAUGACAGUAUUGAUCAGAAUGAAGGGGCUGACGUUGAUCUUCCCAAAGACUCCACCAUCAAUCAUCCCCAGAGGACGGAAGAUCCUGACGACGAUGUGACUGAAUCCUUCGAGGUCAAGGAGGAAAAUUUACUGAAGGUCGAGAGCACUGAGGGCCAACAGCAAGCAGAGAGGGAAAAUGUCGAGUGUCAUGUCUGCAGUGUGACGAUUGCCACUGAAAGUCUGAUGCCGAUUCACCUCAAGAUGCACGAGAACCGACAGAUCACUUGCCCCACAUGUUCCCUGGAAUUUCCCUCCCCCUAUGAUCUUGUUACCCACAAACAAAUCGAUCACAAAGUCUUUGUGGGCCAGACGAUGAAGUGGUUCUGCGACAAGUGCGAGAGAUUUGCUUCCAAUGUGCAGUUCUUGAAGCGACACAAGUUCUGCACGAAAGUCAAGAUGAAGUGCAAGUACUGUACCUUAGAGUUCUUCCAGAAAUCUGAAUUGCAGAUUCACCAGAAACGGAAUCAUUUUGAAGAUGUUCUGAACGAUCCAGACUCGGAGAAGUGGGUAUGCGGAACCUGUGGGAAGAGUUACGUCGAAAAAGGAGAGUUCAAUGCCCAUAUUCGGAAUCAUCAAGCCAGGGACGAAGGAAGAUUCACCUGUCCAACUUGCGGGAAGACAUUUUCAAACGCUGCAAACAUGAAAGCUCAUUUUGAAGUUAAACAUGAGAAACAGCCAAAAUAUCCGUGUGAUGUUUGUUCCAAAAGUUUCUGUAAUUCAAAAACUUUGUACCAGCAUAAGAAGAGACACGCAGAUCAGACGUGUCAAGAGUGUGGGCAGCACUUCGAAACUGUACGACUCCUGACUGCCCACUUACUGACCAAGCACAACAUAUCUCUUCCAUCAACCGGAAACUAUUGUUGCAAGAUAUGUGGGAUGAGGUUCAAGCAAUUGAAGCUCUUGAGGGACCACAAGAACACCCACACUGGGAUAAAACCCCCUGCCAUACGAUACGUUAUGCUCCUAGACACGAAACCUUCGUUCUGAACGAGCGAAGUGAGACUCACAACCCCUAUUUAUUGAGCUUAGUAGAAUAAAAGACGUUUUGAUGUGUCGUCCCACGAAUCAAAGAAUAAAGAAACUCGUUCAAAUCUAUUUUUAUGGCUCUGGCCAUUAUUCUUGUUUACUGGAUAGUUUCGGUGAUUUUUCA